AUGUCCCCGCUCUUCGCGACGCUGCUGCUCGACAGGGAUUACGCGGGCCUCACGAGCUUGACGGAUUUCAAGUUCGUCGCGACCAGCCUGAGGAUGCUGCGGGAUGAGUUCAACUGCAGGCCACAGCUCACGUCCCACCCUGUAGACACGGCCGUGAGAUGGUUAGCUGCUCGGGGUGUGCUCUAUUUGCAAGCAGAGACGGCGUCCAAAUUGCCAGCAAGCAGCGAUCGAUGUGAAUGA